AACGCGAACGCGACCCAACCGGCUCCAAGCACGACAAGGAGGAUUGGGGGCCUCCUCCUCCUCCUCAUCAUCAUCGUUCCGUCUUCUUCCUGCUUGCCUUCUGCUCCGAGUGUUUGUGGCUUUGUGACCCCCCGACCCCGUCGUCUUCACCUCUCUCUCGUCGACCCAGCGAAGCGAGAGCGUGUGGGGGUUGCCAGUCAGAGGCGGACACAGGAAGAGGAGGUGUUGUUUGGGUGGGUGUUUGUAGGUAGCGUGUCUCUCUUACCUCUCUCUCGUUCUCUCUCUCUCUCUCCAUGGAGUUCGUGGAGCUUAUAAAGACGCCCAAGGUGGAGGGAGCGGUGCUGGAACGGCCUUGCGCCGCUCCGCUGGAGGGCACGCUGUGUAUCACCGGUCACCACCUCAUCGUGUCUUCGCGUCGGGAACACGCCGAGGAGAUGUGGCUACUCAUGUCUUCCAUCGACGCCGUGGAGAAGAGAUUUGCUGGGACUGUAGGGACUCUGACAAUAAAGUGCAAGGACCUUCGGAUCAUACUGCUGCACAUCCCUGGAAUGGAAGAGUGCCACAACAUUGCCAGCUCCAUUGAAGUGCUGUCUACGCUGGCGGCCGUCAACCUGUACUACCCCUUCUUCUACCGCCCUAUGUUCGAGGCGCUGGAGGACGGCUGGCACUCCUUCCUGCCCGAGCACGAGUUUGCACGCCUCACCUCGCACACGGCCGACUGGCGCCUGAGUCACGUGAAUAAGGACUUCACGGUGUGUCCGUCCUACCCACCGGUUGUCAUCAUCCCCAAGGCCAUCGACGACGAGAUGGUCAAGAAGGUCUCUGCCUUCCGGCAGAACGGCCGAUUCCCUGUGCUCAGCUACUACCACAAGACCAAUGGCAUGGUAAUGAUGCGCUGCAGCCAGCCACUGACGGGCUCGGGUGGGAAGCGCUGCAAAGACGACGAGAAGCUGGUGAACGCCGUGCUGGGGCCCGGCAAGCGUGGCUACAUCAUCGAUACGCGCUCCCUGCACAUCGCCCAGCAGGCCCGUGCCAAGGGGGGCGGCUAUGAGCCUGAGGCACACUACCCACAGUGGCGUCGCAUCAACAAGUCCAUUGAGAGGUGCAAUCUUAUGCAGGACAGUUUCAUCAAACUUGUGGAGGCCUGCAAUGAUCCCUCGCAUAACAUGGACCGCUGGCUCAGCAAACUGGAGGCGUCAAACUGGCUUGGCCACAUCAAAGACAUCCUCACCACCGCCUGUUUGGCGGCACAGUGUCUUGACAGGGAGGGUGCCUCUGUGUUGGUGCACGGCUCCGAUGGCACAGACUCCACUCUACAAGUCAGCGCCCUGGCCCAAGUGAUCCUCGAUCAGGACUGCCGCACCCUGCGUGGCUUCCAGGCGCUUGUGGAGCGCGAGUGGCUGCAGGCAGGCCACCCUUUCCAGGAGAGGUGCAGCCGCUCCGCAUUCGCCAACGUCAAGCCACGGCAGGAGGCGCCCUCCUUCCUGCUGUUCCUCGACUGCUGCCAACAAAUCCAACGGCAGUUCCCGUGCUCCUUCGAGUUUGGCGAGCGUUUCCUCGUCCUCCUGUUUGAGCACGCCUACGCCUCUCAGUUUGGCACCUUCCUGUGCAACAGUGAGCUCGAGAGAAUGAAGAUGAAGGUGCAGCAAAAGACAGUGUCAAUGUGGUCGUGGGUGAACAGGCCGGAGGUGAUGGAGCAGUACCUCAACCCGCUGUACGAGCCCAACAACCUGGCCAUUUGGCCGUCAGUCGCGCCGCAGAGCCUGGUGCUCUGGGAAGGUGUGUUCCUGCGUUGGAACCAAAGCUUCAAGUGUGUGCAGGAAGCCUGGGAUGAGGUGGUUAUCAUGGCUGCACGCCACAAGGAGCUGCAGGCUCGCGUGAGCAGCCUGAAGAAUGAGUUGGCCUCACUCGAGAAAGCCCGCGACCCCCCCAAUGGAGAGCAGUGACCUCGCCCGCUCUGUGCGACACUGAGCCGAGCGUCGAGGGGCCAGUAAACCACUCGCAGAAGCAAGCCUCCUGUUCUCGCACGCACGAGGGUGCUGUGUAAAAUUGGCUUUGCUUGUACGGCAUCAGUUUUUCUUCUGUUCGUACACGUACGAUUGAAUUCGAACGUGUACAAACGGAAUCGGAAGAAAAUGUCAUUAUCGGGGUACAUCUUCAGAUCGGAAGACGUAACGAGGCUCCCACAAGGCCAUGGGGGGAGGGCGUGUGGCACAGUUUUGCACCAGCUAUUGUUAAGUGCGGCCGUGUCGCUACAGUUCUCUGCGGUAAGUACAAUGUCUUUAAAAAACAACGGCGCUACGCCUCUAAGUAAAAUUAACGCUGCGCCGCUUGCACGUUCAAAGAUUCGGCGGUGAACAGGGCGCACCCUGCAACCCGCAGACGGCUCUGAAUGACAAGGGCUUAAAUUGCGUGUGGGCCCGAGCCCAUAUAUGUGCAUUUACUUGUCGCUGGUCCCUCUGCUGCGUCGGUGGCAAUGUGACUGGCCGCUCGCCCCCUGAGGGCAUUCCUUGCAUAUCCAGGGUUUUCAACAGCAUGGGGAAGUGAGAGCCGAUGGGCAACAGACACAACGCGGUGUUCAGAGCAGGAAGAUUUGAGCUCGUGCCUUGUGGACAUACAAAUAAUUCCCCGCUUGGCGUCUAAUAGUUCAUAGCAUGCAAGAUUAGUGUUUGCAUAUCUCAAUUUUGGAAUUCUGUAAAAGGCUUGUCUGAGAAAUAGAUGGGUCAACAUGGUUCAAAUAAAGUUGCUUCACAUAUGGAGAAAUUUAAGUUCCCAAGAAAGUCGGUGGAAAGAAUGAAUUGGUUAAACUUUGUUCUGUACUGAUGAGUGAAGACUUAAGUGGACUUUCAGGGAUGUUUUAAGAUAAAUGUGAUGAUACCAAAACACAGGGCCAUUGCACUUUAUGCAGUCCAGAAGGAAAGACCGUUAUUGUAUUUACAGGAAGAUACAUUAAACGAAAGGCAAAUUAUAAUAGUCAUGAAUUAAAGCUUUCCACUGUAAUAUAUAGGUUUGUCAUUUUACAUAUUAAUGGGGUUCUUAAAUGAUCCUUAUGGCGGUACCCCGGGGUACCAAAUGAUACAAAAUGGCCGAGGCAAUUAAAUAUUUUAUUUCUGGGACACAAUUUUUUCCAGGGGUGUACUUAACUCCGCAACUCGGGUACCAAUCGAUCCGAAAUCAGUGCUACUCCGCGAUAUCGAAACGCAGCGAGGACGAUUGCGCUGAAACCCUGCACGCACGAACGCACCGUGGUGGUGCAUCGUGUACAGCUCGUCGAGAUGAGUCGAUUGCCGCAUCGCCAACCAUCAAUAGACUAAAAAUGACUGCAUCGCGGACAUUAUGCGAGAGCCGGGGUACCGCCAUAAAGUUAAAAUGUUUUGUAGUUGCAGAAAUUGGAGCAAAAGUUUGAGAUAAAUUGUUGAGGUCUUAUUACGAACAACUGGGUUUUAAACUUUAUUUUGUAUUGCCUUAGACAUACAGUAUGUGCUGCGGGCAUUUUUUGGUUUCUGGAUAAAUACUACGACCAUUGCACCGGUUGUAAAUUCGAAAGAUAAUUGAUCCUGCAUCCACUUCUUCGUCAUGAGGCUGUUAUCAUUUAUUGUUGUACAUAUAUUUUUUAAGUCAUGUGUUUAACACGAUAAAAAAAUGUUUUGUCAAAUAAUGCAGAACCACUGAAGUAAGUCACAAAAAGGAGUGCUAGUCCAGCGUGCACCAUGGUGGAGUGGAUCAUUGGGAGCAGAAGAAGGAAGUGCCCUGUUUAUUUGCCUCUCCUGUUAACCCUCGCUCUGCUACUCAGGCCUUCUCUGGAUGUUGUUAAUUGGAAAAUAGCGCAGCUGUAGCCCUGCCCAAUCGAUACAUCUCUGCUUCGUGAGGGUCCUUUCAGUACAAUGGUUCUCAAUUGCAGUCGGUGACACCCUCUCUAAAAGAGUUGUCUUAUUGGCCUUUGUGACUUGUCGUCGUGGUAGGAAGCUUGAUUCUGGUCGGGUCAUGACGGCUUCAGUUAAAUAUCCUGCUUUUGAAUGCAGUAUAAAUAAUGAUUACCCACAGAACAAACAGGCCAGACUGAACUUGCUGGCUGCAGUGGCUUUCGAAAGUUAUCAUGACAUGAACACAUGAGAGUCGUCGACAUUCAGAUAACCUAUAUUUGGAGUUGUGAUUUGUGCCAAAAGUCUAUUCCUGGUGCACAGGAUAAAUGUUUUUUAAGGAUUUAAGCAAUUAGGACAUAUAACACAUGGAGAUUACCAGAGUCUUGACGUUUACUUAAUAAAAAGUAAUAUUUUAUUCAUCGGCUAUUGGCUAUUCACUGCUGGCUAAUGACCUCCCCAUGCACCACAGGUGUUACGAUGCCAACAUAAGCAAAUGCCACUGCAUUUAGUCGUUGGUCUAUUCUCAGAUGUGUGUUCUAUGAGCUGCUGUUCUGUUACCAUUCUCGUUCAUUGGCGGUGUGUCCUCUCCAAGCCCACUUUCGUUCACAGUGAAAAAGAAGUCUCUAACCUGUGUCUAUUCUCGGAUGCACAAUUUAAUCUUUCUGUCAGUGCAAUUUGGGCGCCACGGUGGCGAGAUGUCGAUCCCGACCCUGACACCUGUAUAUUUGGAGUUUGCAUAUUCUCCCCUAGGUCGUGUCGAUUUUUCUCCAGGUCUUGCAGUUUUUCCCCUCCACAUUUAGAAUCUACGUGCA